AUGAAGAUUUUGGGGGGACUAUUUAUUUGUUUCUGUUUGAGCAGUCUCUUCUUUCUUGGAGUCCUGUGUUCCCCCAGUUUGAGGGAUGAAGGCGGUUCUCAGCCAUUACUGCUCUCAGUGGGGCAGGCCUCUGAGAGAUCUCCCACAUUGCUGUCUCCCCUCGACAAGGAAAGCACCCAAGGCCCACAGCCACCUCUUUUCAAGUUGCUGUCCGGUCACAAUCACCAGGGGUUGGAAAGUGAUAUCCCAAGACCACAACUGGAUUCUAGAGCCCUGAGAUACAUGAAGAGGCUUUACAAAACCUUUGCUACCAAGGAAGGUAUUCCAAAGGCCAACAAAAGGCAUCUCUACAACACUGUUCGGCUUUUCACCCCACAUGCUGAAUGCAAGCAUCCCACUGCAAACGGAGAUCUUCAUUCAGUAGACCUGCUUUUCAACUUGGACUGCGUUACUACCUUAGAGCAUUUACUCAAGUCAGUCUUACUCUUCUCGUCUGAUAAGUCUGUUUCUACAUCUUCAAAUCUUACGUGUACAUGUAAUCUAGUUAUUCAAGAGCAUGAUGCCUCUGGUCAAGUGUGUCUCCAUGUUCCACACACAGUGGUUUUCAAUCCGCAUUUGGAACUUAGACGCAAGUGGAUUGAGAUCGAUGUGACCACUGUUCUUCAUCCUCUGAUAGCUUCUAACAAGAGAAAUAUCCAUAUGGCUGUGAAUUUCACCUGCUUGAAAAAUGAACAGUUUCCUAACUCUAAACAUGAUUUCAAUAUAGCACUAGUAUCACCUUCUCUUCUGCUGUACCUCAAUGACACUAGUGAGCAAGCUUAUCACAGGUGGAAUUUUCUCCAAGACAGAAGGAGCAACCUUGCAUGGUCUAGUCUGAAAAAGGGUCCUUUCACAGAUCCCAGUGAAGAGGCCAGAAAAGGCCUUAAACAGGGAAAAAGAGCACCUCGUCACCGAAGAGCUGAAGAUGGGAAAAUGGAAAACACUCCAGUUCCAAUAUAUGAUUUAAGUCAGUAUUAUAAACAGUUCCUUUUUCCCCAAAAUGAAUGUGAACUUCACAAUUUUUGGUUGAAAUUCAGUCAACUGAAAUGGGACAAAUGGAUAAUUGCACCACACAGAUAUAAUCCUCACUAUUGCAAAGGUGACUGUCCAAGGGUAGUUGGCCAUCGCUAUGGCUCUCCUGUGCAUGCAAUGGUUCAGAACAUCAUAUAUGAAAAGCUGGAUUCUUCUGUCCCCAGACCCUCCUGCAUUCCUGCUGAAUACAGUCCUCUGAGUGUCUUGAAGGUAGAGGCUGAUAGAUCAAUUGUGUAUAAAGAAUAUGAAAAUAUGAUAGCUACCAGAUGUACUUGUCGUUAA